CCCUCUCCUCUGUCCAGUUCAGUUCAGACUCCAGAGCUAGUCGCCAAAUUUUAGUCCUGGGCGAUUGAAUGAUCGAUCGAUCGAUUGAUUGAGCUCUAUCGGGAUUCCGUCUCGUCAGUUCAGUCUCGUUUCUGCUCUGAAGCCUUCGCUCGGGUCGCAUUGCUCGCUUGCAUGCUCGGUGGAGCAAAGCCUUGAGCUUGCUGCAGGGCGUUGCUUACUUGUGCUCGUCAAGUGCUUCUGGUUCUGACGACGGGCUGUAGCGCUUCCGUCAGAUCUGGCAACGCAAGGUCGGUCAGACUGGUGGCCAGUGAUUUAGAGCUCAGUCGUCGGGUCACGAGUAUCUCAGAUCGGGGAGAAGGUAAAGUUUGCGAUGGGAGGAGAUCAAAGAGACGAAAAUGAUGACAAGGGCGGAGGAGGAGGAGUCCACUGGUGUGCAAUCCUGAUCGGGCUCAUUAUAGUGGUGGCGAUCAUCAUCGUCGUGCUGGCCUUGACUGUCUUCAAAGUCAGAGAUCCUGAAGUGACAGUGAACAAGUUGGAUCUCACAAGCUUCAGCUUGACAUUUUCUCCGUCGGGACCAAUGCUGAGCUUCGCUCUCAACAUUGAUGUGACUGUGAAGAACCGCAACCAUGCAAGCUUCAAGUACCAAGCCAGCACGGCGUACUUGUAUUACCGAUCCGUGAAUAUAGGGUCCGCUCCGAUUCCCGCUGGAAAAGUGGGGGCAAGGUCGUCAACUAUUAUCGCUACGCAAGUGACCAUUGAUGCCUCGGCUUUCAUCGGGAACCCAAAUCUGUCGAGUGAUAUCACAGCAGGUGUCAUUCCCUUGCUUGUCACCACAAGUUUACCGGGAAAAAUCAACGUGGCCAACAUUGUCAAGCACCACGCCACUUCCACCGCCAAUUGUCAGCUGAGUAUCUUCACCCAGACUGCAACGGUGGGCGCCCUCAUCUGCGAUUACAAGUUCAAGUUAUGAUGGGAUCUGGCUUCGUGGUCUCGUGGCUUCGGAUGGUUUGGUGCAGACCAUGCUCGACAAAGCACGCGCAUGUGCAGAGCCACUCUAGAUUUGGUUUUCAUGUGUCUUGCGUUGGCACCCCGGCCUCUCCUUCUUCUCAUCUCCUCCGGCUGUAUGUACAUAGGACUAGAUUAGAUCCGCCUUUGUUAAGGUGAGCAAAUUGUGUUUUCUGAAUGUAAAUCUGUCAACAACAAUCUUUUAAAACAAUCCUC